UCCCUAACUCCUACAUUAAAUUUAUUAUUCCAUUACCAAAACUUGAAGAUUUUUUUUUUCUUUUUUGUAGAACAAGACCUAGCUAAUUACCCUAAAAUGGAUCUUUUGUUACAAUUUUUUUUUCUUUGGUUCAAAUGAGGAAGCGUCAAGUUGUGCUUAGAAGAUCAGAAGAACCCUCAAGGGACACUGUGGCUUCUUCUUUCACAGUUAGAAGUGUAAGAUAUGGGGAGUGUCAAAAGAACCACGCUGCCGGGGUCGGAGGGUAUGCCGUUGAUGGGUGUCGAGAAUUUAUGGCAAGUGGUGACGAAGGGACGACAGCUGGACUGACUUGCGCCGCUUGCGGUUGCCAUCGGAAUUUUCAUAGAAGGCAAGUUGGAACUGAGGUAGUGUGUGAUUGCUCUUCAUCACCCUCAAAUGGAACUUAAUUAAAAGACUAUACAUAUAAUAAUACUAUAACUUCAGUGUGUAUGGGGUGAGGAUUUUUUUUCUUUUUCUUUUUCGGGGUGCUGAAUAAACAAAAUUUCUCAACAUGGGAUUGAGAGUUGAGAGUUGAGAGUUGAGAUUCAGCUUUGUUGUUCUGUUGCUUGAAUUAUUAUUAUUAUUAUUAUUAUUAUUAUUAUUAUUUAAAAAAAAAAUUCUUGUGUUGGAUUGGAAUCAACUUGACUUCAACUAAGAAAUAUGUGCUUUGUGUAAUUUUGAAUUUUUUUCCCUUUAAUUUCAGGUUCAUAUGAGGAUCAAAAAAGUUAUGUAAAUCCUUUUUUUUUUUUCAUUACAUCUCUUUUGAAUUAUAUAUGUAUUUGAUUUGAGUGUAUCUUUUGGAGAUUGGAAGUAAUAGACCAAAAAUCUUUAUUGCAAUA